AUGUUAAAUUUAUAAACCAUAUUAAGAGGAUUUGAAGAAAAUGGAUUAAAAUAGGAAAGUCUGUAUAAGGCAGAUGAAAUAUUGGCUAAAUUAGAUGUUAUGGGUAGAAAAGAAUUUGAUAGAGAUAUUGCAGAAUAAUUAUUUUAAUAAUGCAAACCAACUCAAUUAAAUUUGAAAGUAGCUUUUAAACUUGCAGAUAUUGGCUAAACUAUUUUAGAUGCAAUAUAGCUAUAAACAGAAAAAGCAAAGAAUGCUGAAUAAUAAUUAAAAUAAAUUUAAUAAAAUAAAGCUAUAUGCGAAAAUCAAUUAGCAGAAACAUGUUUGUUAUAAAUCUAUAAUUAGCUGUUUAUUCGAAUACUAGAUAUUUAUUUCUGACUCUAUUAUAUGUAAAAAACAUUCCUUUACAGUUAAAAUAUACAAAUUGUCAUAUCUAAUUAACUUUAGGAGUUAUAAAUUAAAUUGCUAAACCUGAAUCAUCAUAUGAUAAAGUCAAUCCUUAAUUCAAUCAAGAUUUUGAAUUGUAAAUUUACAUCAAUAAAUAUCUAAUAGUUCUGUUCCCCCACUUAUUUCUACUCUAUAGAUUCAAUUUUACAUCAGAACAGAAAAUACCUUACCUAAUUUAUGGGGCUAAACUUAAUUGAAGAUUUAAUAAUUGGAUGAUCAAGUUAUUAAAAAAGUUGAAUUAUAAUUAUAAGAUCCUGUAGGUAGAGAACUUGAUUCUUCAAUCUAAUUAGAAGCUUAAGUUGUCUUAAAUAAGGUAAUUUAGAUAUAUCUAAUAGAUAAAUAGCAUUAAUAUUUAUAGGCCUAAUUAUAGAAAUUUGAAUAGAAAAUCAUUACAUUAGAUAAUGAUUUGAUAGAAUAUAAGAAUAAUUUAGAAAUAAUUGAAAAACCAUUCAAAGCUAAACAAUUAUUAAAAGAAUAAAAUAAUAAGUAAUUGUCAUCAAAUAUAUUUAAUUAAUAAUUACAUACAUCUUAAAAUUAAUAAGAUUAAGAUCAAUAUAUUAAUGAAAUAGAUUAAUAAUAACAUUAAUUAAAUUCACCUUAAGAAAAUAAAGAAUAAAUAUUAUCUAUUCUUUAAUCUGAUAAAUAAUUAGAAAUUUAAGAGGAAACUCCAGAAGCCCCAGAAAUACUAUAACAUGGUGUUAUCAUUUUUACAAUUUAUGGUUUGAUUACCUUAUUUGUUUGUUCUGCUAAACCUUCUUUUUUAGAUGUAUAUUACUACAUAAUCAUGUAUAUAGGUCUUAGUCUGUCAUGGAUUGAUGUUCACUAUUUUGAUGGAUAAAUUUGAACCAUUUCAUAUUAAAUUAGUAGGGGCAGGACUUCUAGCUUCAAUUUUAUACGAUAUUCUGUGGAUGAAAUAAUAUCAUGUAUUUAAAUUCAUAUUAAAUUAGUUAUGGUGGUAUAGUGAUGAUUAAAAUAAUCCAGAAUGGGGAUUGAAUGCUGUUAAUUUAUUAAGGUUUGUUCUAAUCUUUACCUAUAUGUAAUUCCUAUACAAAGUAUUUUACUUAAAUUAUUAGUAGUUUGUUGUAUGUUAUUAUUUAUAUUAAUUUCAUAGAGAAUCUAUAGACCCUACUAAAAGAUAUGUUUUUACUAUUUGGAAAAUAAAAUAUAAAGUGGGUAAAAGUAGAGAAAGUGUUUCUUGGCAAUGA